CCCUGCUCCCACUCUCAGGGCGAAUUCUCAGAGUCCAUGCUGGGGGUUUUCUCCCCGAAAGGCCUUUCACGCGACCCAGGGAAGCAAAACGCAGUGGUGUCAGCGCGUGCAAUUUAUGAGAUGUGUGCGCUCUUUGCAGUUCUUACCUCCGAGGUUGUGUGAAUCCUAAUAUGAAUUGCGAACGGCAUUUCGAAGUUCAGAAGAUCAGAACGUCAACACUUUCCUGCGAUUUGUGGAGUGAGAAGUGCACAAGGAGGAUGUCGUUCAUAUUAACUCGCAGUCGUCAAAUCUUGAAUAGUCAUGUCCGAGUCAUGUGGACGAAAGGCAAAUGUAAGGGACGAACCCCAGUGAAAGUGUAAACAGUGAGUGGAUGGACGGAAGAAAUGCUACGAGCAGAAGCAGUACAAAAAUGGAUUGAAGUUUGCCAAGCAAAUCCUGGCCAACUAUGCAGAUCAUGGAGAGACACUUGCCAUGAAGGGCUUGAUCCUGAAUUGCCUGGGAAGGAAGGAGGACGCAUACAACUUUGUCCGACAGGGUCUGCGCAACAACCUGAAGAGCCAUGUGUGUUGGCAUGUGUUCGGACUGCUCCAGCGCUCAGACAAGAAGUACGAUGAGGCUAUAAAGUGCUACCGCAAUGCCCUCAAGUGGGACAAGGACAACCUUCAGAUCCUGAGGGACUUGUCACUACUUCAGAUUCAGAUGAGAGAUCUUGAGGGCUAUAAGGAAACUCGAUAUAAAUUGUUUGAGUUACGUCCUACACAGCGCGCCUCCUGGAUUGGAUAUGCCAUGUCAUUCCACUUACUUAAAGACUUUGACACAGCACUGAAGAUUCUAGAGGAAUUUAGGAAAACAAUCCAUAAAACAACCUAUGAUUAUGAAUACAGUGAACUCCUGUUGUACCAAAACCUUGUGAUGAGAGAGAGCAAAAAACUCACUGACGCUCUUAAACAUCUCAACAUGUAUGAGUCUAACAUCUGUGAUAAGGUUACACUACAAGAAAUCAGAGGAGAUAUAAUGUUAGAGUUAGGAAUGAAGGCAGAUGCAUCAGAGGUGUACAGAGGCUUGGUGAAACGCAACCCUGAAAACAGGAAUUACUACCUCAAGCUAGAGGAGACCUUGGGACUAACAACAGUCGAGCAGAAGCUCGACCUUUACAAACAACUCAAAGAAAAGUAUCCCCGUGCUCAAGUGCCUAAGCGACUCCCCCUCAAUUAUGCUCGAGGAGAAGUCCUUGAAUCCUUGUUAGACCCUUACCUAAGAGCAGCAUUACAGAAAGGUGUGCCGCCCCUCUUCACAGACCUCCGCUCUCUCUAUGAUGACCCUGAAAGAGUCGGCAUCAUUGAGAAACUCAUGAACCGUUACCUAGCGAAUCUUGAAGAGACGGGUCACUUGUGCGAGGAAGAUAACGAGUACAAGGAACCAGCCUCCAUCCUGUAUGUGUUGAUGUUCUUGGCUCAACACCACAGUUACUUGGGUGAUCCCGAUAAGGCUCUCACACUUAUAGAGCGUGCGCUUGAACACACGCCUACCCUCAUAGAACUUUAUAUAGUCAAGGGUAAAAUAUUAAAGGAUGCGGGUGACUAUGUGGGAUCCUAUGAAGCCUUGCAAGAAGCCCAGGCCCUCGACACCGCUGACCGCUAUGUCAACUCCAAGGCAGCAUCGUACCUCCUCAAGGCUAACUUAGUCAAACAGGCCGAGGAAAUGUGCUCCAAAUUUACCAGAGAGGGUGUUUCAGCCAUGGAGAACUUGAACGAAAUGCAGUGCAUGUGGUUCCAGACAGAGUGCGCGCAGGCCUAUUUCCGCCUUAGCCAGUAUGGGGAUGCUCUUCGUAAAUGUCAUGAAGUAGACCGGCACUUCACCGAGAUUAUAGAGGACCAGUUCGACUUCCACACUUACUGCAUGAGAAAGAUGACUCUCCGUUCCUAUGUUGAGCUGCUAAGACUUGAGGACAUACUUAGGAGCAACAGAUUCUAUUGGGAUGCAGCACAGACAGCCAUUGCCAUAUAUCUGAGGUUACACGACCAUCCGCUCUCGGCCAACACAGGCGACAAGGAUCUCAAUACUGUGAACAUGGACCCGGCAGAACUGAAGAAGCUGCGGUCCAAGCAGCGCAAGGCGGCCAAGAAGGCGGAGCAGAGCAAGGCCGAGGAGAAGCGGAGAGAGGAGAAGAAGGCGGAGUACCAGAAAUACAAAUCCGGAGGGAAUAUGGAUGAGCAAGAGAACAAAAAUGUACAAGACUUAAUACCAAGCAAGUUAGAACAGACGGAGGACCCCCUGGGAGAAGCCAUCCACUUCCUGAAGCCUCUGCAGUCGCUAGCGGCAAAUAGAAUCCAGACUCACUUAAUGGCCUUCGAAAUAUAUCUCCGUAAAGACAAACCUCUACUUAUGCUGCAGGCUUUAAAGCGGGCACUAAAGCUGGAGGAGAACCACCCAGAACUCCACUCCUGCUUAGUACGGUUCUUGCGCUAUAGACAAGACAAAUUGGCCAGUCUCACAGGACCCAUUAUAGACGUUAUCAACAAAGAAGUGAACCGCCUCCAGCCCACAGCAGACCCUACCAAGCUCAAUGAGGACUUUUUAAACAAAAAUCAAGACUCUCUCCCACAUAGGCUACAAGCUGCACGUUCUAUGGUGCUCUUGGAUAGUAUACAACGUGGUCGAGCCUUUUCUAUUGCCACUAAUCUUGACGCCCAUCUAAAAGCCAGAUGUCAUCAGAAUCUGCAACGAGUGUUAGAGUGGCUGGAAUCUGAAGAGUACGGUGCCAGCCCUGAGGAGGUUAGCCACUACAAGGCACAGUGCCAUGCCAUCUUCCCCAGGGCCCAAGCCUUCAAGCCGCCACAGACUGCUUCCACUUCUGUGAACGACUCCACUAGCGACUCAACCACUAUAACCACACCCUCCACGACGACCACAGCCAACCAUAAUCACGUGGACUUUCCCAGCAGCUGAGGCUGACUGCUAAUACCAGCCACCAAGGCCGUGCAAGGUGCCGAGGCCUUGAAAGUGAUGUAAAUGCCAGGUGAAAGUGAGAUGCAGUUUAGAGUUGGUUAAACCCAGGAAUAUCAAAAUUCAAAACAGAAAUGUAUGCUGUCAAGCCUCCAUAACUCGAGCCUCAAGAAGCAGCAGAACAAGUGAUAGAAUAAUACAUAAAUCCUGAUAAAAACUGUUGGUCUUGACAGUUACACAGACUUGAGUAGAGAACAUGCUGGUUUUGUCCAAGGUCGAAUUAUGAGUGUUGACUCAUACAUCGUUCUCCAACUUCCACUGAUUACUUGAAUCUUCCUCCUCAUUAAUACUUUAUAAUUUUGAACCUGCUUUGUUGUUAAACAAACACUAGGUUGAAUGUUUUAAUAUAUAUAUAUAUUCACAAACACUAGGUAUUUGCAAAUUAUGAAUCAAUUAAGCCUUCAGAGUUCCUGUUUUUAAGUAAGUCUUGACAUGCCUGUGAGAGAUGGGUUAUUUAUUAAUGUAUUGGUACUCUUUAUUUCCCAUACUUGAUCAUCCGUUGCAAGUGGCACUGAAUCAACCACUCCAGAUGCAGCCAAGUGGCCCUUUAGUGUGUGUGUGUUUGUGAUUUAGGCGGAGGAAUGGCUGACAGGCAGACAAACUAAACUAGUCGACUGACUGACCGACCGACGGGGACAUUUACACAUGCACGGAGAGAUUUUGACGAACCUGAAACUGUCGAGGCUGCACCUUGGCGUUUGUUCCAUUUUGGUGUUCCAAAGAAGAUAGUGAACCCGUUGCACCCUAGCAAGCUGAUAGUUGGAACAAAGUGCUCCAGAAGGACUUGGGUAUCCAGACUCCAUUGUUGUUACUGAGCUAUUGGUAAAUGCAUUUCCAGCAAGUUUGGCGUGUGCCUCAGAAUCCUUGAUAUUUUGUAAAUUUAUAAUUACCUUACAGAGUAUGUAGGAGUAAGUUCAUAACCAAGCACUUUUAAUUUGAUGCACUCAGAUAGAAUUUUUUUUCUACAAUGUUUGUAUAUGGGUACAUUCCACAUUCAUAGUCAGAUGUUCAUGACUCAUUUUCUGUGAGCAACUUGAUUAUGUGCCUUUGUAUUCCCCGUGUUAUGUUGGUGCCCAAGAAGUGCCCACCUGUUGAAUUAAGGCUCCUACACAAAAUUACUGUUGUUGUAUAUGGAGAGAUGCAAGUCAAACAACACCUUUGAUGUCGGAUAGCUGAGUGUAAUUAUAAAGACUGUGUCUGGAUUCUGACUUGGCAUUAAGAAAUCCAAAACCUUAGAAAAAGAAAAAUACCUUCAGGGUAAAAAAAAAAAUAAAUACUGGUGGAACUGGAGUCAGGCUUCUUGUCGCGCCGUGCUCAAGCGGUUUUGACUCGGAACAAAUUGGCCGUGGGUUGAGAAAGCAAGGAAUUCAGUGUUGAUGUGCCAUGGGUACGCCGUGGGAGUUCAGGGUAUUUGGCUGCAGUAUUUGGGAUUUACGCUUACUGUAAUGAGAUAGCCACAUACAUACCCAAGUUUCGUUCACAUGCAAUAUGUAUUACUGGCAUUUUAAUGGGUAUAAAAAGAUGCAUUCAUUUUGUACAUAUAUAUUAAAAAGCUGGCCUGAACAUGCUGUCAAGAUAGGCAAUACAUUUCCGGCAAUAGGAGAGAAGGGACGACUGUCGCGUCGCCGUAGUUAACGUCUUCAUAGUCACCGAGCGACCGUCCAGGGGCCAGAGGGUCGGGAGGGAAGGGAGCCAACAGCAACGCCCUUUUGUCCACGCCGGAGGAAGGAACCGCAACAGGUGGUUCACUUUACGUGAACGCUCCGCCGCUUUUGCGUCCGGCGGUCCGCCCGGGCUUCACUCGUCAAUGGCUUUUAAUCCAUUUUAGAAGGGUUCUACAUAUAUAUAAAACCACAUAUGCAAGUGUUUCGAUGGAAGACACGGCCCGCCCCACCCACAAACCCGUACCCCCCUCUCCCCCCUCUCAUAAGUGCGAAACGCAAGCCACGAGCGGCUCCUUCCCCAGAGCAUCGUCGACCACCACUGUGUGCGUGUGUCUUCGGGUUGGAGUCCUGGCUGGGUGAUGGUGCGUCUCACUCAUCAGGUAAUGCAUUUAUCGAGUAGCGAAAUGAUUUUUUCUUUUGGUUAAAUGGUAACUUGUCCUUUUAUAUACGUAUAUACUGUUUUCUUACUUGUAUUUCAGUUCAUGGUUUUGUUUUCAAUUAAUGGAGAUUUUUCUUUUUUUUUUCUUUUCUAAUUAGCAGAUGGAAAUUGCCCCAUUUGCUGCCUUGUCAUAUGCCAUUGUAAUGUUAUCAUGAUCAUCAUUCUUAUUUUUGUCAUGAUUAUAAUUUCAGUUCUCACUAUAUUUUUUAGUGAGCAAUAUUCAAGUAUGUAUAUACGAGAACUUCAUUUCAGUCAAAAGUACAUCAGCAAAGGGGACUGGGGGGUAUUGGGGGGGUAUGGGGGGGGGAAGCGAACCCCUCACUUUUUUUAUUUUUAUUUUAUUUAUUUAUUUAUUUUUUUUAGUUCUAUUUCACCUUUUUUCCGAGUGAAAAGGGCUUCGCGGACCCCCCAGUGGGCCGAGUCAAGGAAGGUCGGUGGACUCGCUCGCAGACCCACAUUUGCCAGGCAUAUUACCGUCUUGUUCUAUUCCGGCUGUUCAAAAAGAAAAUACAGUUAAUAGAUGAAUAAAAGAAAUUAAAAAGAUAAAAAAAAAAAAAAACUUUGAAGGUUUGGUUGUUGCAUAGUUCUGGUACAGCUAGUCACAAAGGGGAGAUGAUUUUGUCUUUUUUUUUUCUUUUUUCGAUUCUUUUAUAUAUAUAUAUUUCAUUUGCGAGAGCUUUUUUGCGCUUCAGUUGAACAUAAUUGUAUCCAAUUCGUUUAUCAACAGCGACUUCAGGAUAUCAUCAGUUUAUUUUUAUUUUUAUUUUUUUCUCUUAUUCGUUGUUGUUGUUGUUGUUGUUGUGGAAAAAAUUAUGUACUUAUACACCAUGUCGCACCACGCCACUUAACGCUGCUCCCUGUUAAGGUUCUUGAAUCUUCCCCCAAUAUGAACAAUUUGUAAUCUUGUCAUUCAUUGCAUUGGAUGGACCACCUCUUCGUCUCAUUCAUAGUUGGGAACCUGAAUAGACUCUACGGAACGUUAUCGAUUCCAAAGCUUUGUUGGUUUGUACAGAAAACUCGAGUAAAGAGAAAAAAAAAAUUGAAGUGGAGAGAAAAAAGGAAAAGAAAAAAAAAAAAAAAGUAUAUAUAUGGCUCGUCAAGGAAUGGAGAGAUUCAUCGCAGUGAAGAAAGUGCUCAUCGUUUGUUCAUUGUUUGUUAUUGUUGUUAUUAUUUUGAUUUGUGUUAUGGUCAUUGUGAUAUUGUUUUCCAGUAUUUUAUUUUUGUCUCUGUCGAUGGAUAAGUUUUUUUUUUUUUUUUUUUUUUCAUUUUUCAUCCUUUUUUUUUUUAAGUUUGAUAAUGUUCUCAUUAGGUUGUUUCAGAAAAAAGGGAUGGAUUAAUAAAUGAAUUAUUGUAUAUUCUCUACGAGAUGUAAUAUUAAAAAGCCUCAGGUGAUAUGCUAAUGAGAUGAGGGCACUGUAUGUACAUGGACUGUUCGGUGUUUGAGUUGCCUGCCUGGGUACCACCCUAUUUUGAUACAUUUUUCAGUGUCAUUAUAGAUAGGCAGAAGACCCUGAAACUAGGGACUUGAAAUAAAUCUAAAACCUGUA